AUGUCCAACAUCCCCGAGUCGUCCUCCCACUUGGGAGUCUUGAUCAUCCCAAUAUUUGGAGUUGUUGGAUCGGGGAAGACAACUCUGGCUAAUGUUAUUCUCAAUGACCAGCUUGUUACUGGUAACUUUAAGUAUCGCAUCUGGAUUUAUGUACCCGAGAAUUGUAAAAGCAAGGAUAUACUUCGACAAAUACAUGAACAGAUCGAUGGAAAGAACAGAAACAUGUCGAACUCGGAAGAACAAUUGCUUGAAGAAAUUAGCAAAAGCCUUAGAUCUCAGAGGAGCUUAAUUGUCCUAGAUGACAUACGGUCCAUUGAAGCUUGGAAAACGCUGCAUAUAACAUUGCCACGGCUUAAGAAAGGUAGCAAAAUACUAGUGACAACCCGGGAAGUAUCUGUAGCUGAAUACAUAUCUGAAAAGCAUGACUUCCAUAAUAUGAGGACCUUGAAUGAGUACGAAAGCUGGGAUUUGUUUACUCAAGUGUUCUCUCCCCAGUAUCCAGGUUGGUGA